AUGGCGAAUCCGUCUCAGCUUUUCCUGCUCGCAGAUCACAUCAAGCUGUCCUUGUUGGAACGGCAACGGGCUAUCUCACUGAACCUGGAACCUAACUCUCAAGAUGGUGAAAUUUCGCGGUCUCUGGAGUCCUUACGCGAGGGAAUCGAGAGGGUGGAAUCUGAGCAAGCAUCCCUGGAAGCCUCAAACGACAGCGGGUCGGCAGAGUUGAAGGACCAGAUCGGACAUCUACGCUCUCAGUUCGACGAUCUCGCGUCCCAAUUCUACGGCCAUCAGGCCUCUAACGACACCACCAAAGCGCCGAACGAUCCCUCCCUGGCUCCAGAUUUCGCCAACGCGAGUCGGGCCUCUUCAACCUUGAAACACCCCGUACCGCAGCAUCCGCAGUCCAAGUCCGUCCGGUUUACAGAUGCAGCUCCAGGCAUGAACGACGAUGAGGAUCCGAAUCGUGCAGCGCUUCUGCAACCGUAUCGCGAUUCUCCAUCACCGCCGGCGUUUGACGCGACCAAUCUAAGCAACCAACAGAUCCAUGAGCACCACUCUCAGAUCAUACGAGAGCAAGAUGAACAGUUGGACCGAUUGGGAGAGUCUAUCGGACGGCAGCAUCAGCUGAGCAUCCAGAUCGGCGAUGAACUGGAGGGCCAUGUCGCCCUUCUGGAUGAUGUGGACGGAGCAGUUGACCGGCAUCAGAGCCGGCUAAAUAAUGCCAAACGGCGAUUAAACAAGAUCCGGAAGAACGCCAGCGACAACUGGAGUAUGAUGACGAUUGUUGGACUGAUUAUUGUGCUUGUUAUCCUGAUUGUGAUCUUGAAAUAA